AUAUAUUAACAAUUUUGUGAAGAGUUGAGUCUUAAAAAAAAAUUUAUAUUGCAAAAAUAAUAAUGUACCAUAAUUUCUUUCGAAAAACGAUAAUUUUGAGCACUGAAAACGAUAAUUCGUUAAAAAAGACCUGGCAACACUGCUGUACUGCAAUAUUUACUCUACGUUUAAAACAUAAUGGAGCGGUGGUUUGAAGUUUACGUUCUUGGUAAUUUGUUAAGUUGUGUCAUUAGGCACAAACACCAAAUAAAUAACUGAUUAAUUGUGAAUAUAAUUUGUUCGCGUAAGAAUUUUGGAAUAAAAUUAAGCCAAAAAUUACCUAUCGAAAAAAAAGUUCGAUAAAACAUAGCCUACGCGAAAUCUUUUAGUAACAAAGUUAUCUUAAAACAAUGACAAUUUUGAUUAAAAAACUAACCCGAAUCGUGCUGGAUAAGAUUGUUUUAUAAUAGUUUAGUAGGAAAACGAAAUGAUAAUGACAUUAUGUAUUUUGGUUUUUAUCAAUUGGAAACUGCAAAAAAGUUUAUUAAAUUAUAAUUUACUACUGUCGACGUGAGCAGUUAAGUCUUUUCAAUUGUGUUACGGGGUGUAACUAUGGUGACGGAUGGCUUACAGGCAUAGGGUUGUUAAAAGAAAAAAAAAUUGAAAAACACCAUAAAAUUUUAUGUUCUUAACAAUUUGUGGUAUUAAAUUGUUUAAAAUUGCAUGCGAUAAAAAAAAACUGUAAAUAAACUGCUGAUUGAUUCCCAAUCCCCUCCUUGUAAAAUAAACCACAUCGCAUAAAAGUACAAAGCUUUACACAAAUUAAUUAGAUCUCAAAAAAAUUUUCUAAUAUAUCUCACUUUACUCUAUGAAUCUUUGACUUAUUGUUUACUUAAAAUAAGUUAAUCUAGCUAAUAUGUGUGAAUCAAAGGUUACCAACCCUGUCCUAGGGUAGAUGCAUGAAUGCUAACCUAGGUGACAUUGGUCCCUUAUUGUUCUAUGUUAGUCUCCAUAUGUGCAGAGUUGGGAAGAGACCCUUGAGGUGCUGAAACUCCUGUUCAGAUUGCAUAAGUGACAUAAUAAACCUUAUCUUCAGAAACUAAGGCUUUAUUAAGCACAAAACAUGACUUAGAUAUUUACAUGAAUUAAUACAUAGAUUUGAAUAAGAGGUAAUAUUGAAGGUUAAACAAUGUUCAUGCAAAGAGGUUGCUAAGAGGUUAAAACCAAUAUCACCACAUUCGCCCCCUCUUCAUUUAAGGACAUAGUCCUUGAGAUAUUCAGAAGGUCUAGUGGUGCGGGAAGAUUUCCGGAGUGGAGGUUGAGGUCUGGGAGGAGAUCUGGGUGGAGUCGGAAUUGGGUUCACUUGAGGUAGGUCUUGAUCAUUCAUGUUCUUCUCAGGUGAAUCUUCUGGAGUGAGGUUCAGCUGGGUGUCUUCAGAUGCUUCAGUGUGUUGAUUAGGAUCAUCAGCGAGGUUUGGAAAAUUCACGUCUUCUAAGUUAGGUUCAUUGUUGACAAUAUCUCCUGCAGGAACAAGAUGCCUGAGGUUGACUGUUGUCUCCUUACCAUCUGGAAGUUGAACCAGAGCAUAGUCAGGGUUCGCCUCAAGCAGAGUUACUUCUUGCACCAGGGGGUCAUAUUUACUCUGACGGACGUGAUUCUUCAUUAGAAUUUUCCCUGGUGUAGUAAGCCACGAAGGAAGAGUAACUCCAGAACUGGCCCUUCUCUUAUGGUAGAACAUACGUUCGUGGGGUGUAGCGUUAGUAGCAGUACAGAGCAGUGUGCGGAUGGAGUGCAACGCUUCAGGUAACACCUUCUCCCACUGCGUUAUCACGAGUCCCUUCGUUUUCAGCGCCAGCGAUACAGUUCUCCAUAUUAUCCCAUUGUAACGUUCUACUUGGCCAUUUCCACACGGAUUGUAUGGUGUAGUACGACUAGUAGCAACUCCAUUGGAACGUAGGAAUGAUUGAAGUUCUCUGGAUAUAAAGGAUGUGCCUCUGUCUGUGUGAAUGUAUGAAGGAUAUCCGAAGAGUGUAAAGAUCUGAUUUAGUGCUUGAAUGACGGUUGUGGAGGAUAGGUCGUUGCAAGGGAUGGCAAAAGGGAACCUGGAGUACUCGUCGACUACCGUUAACAGAUAUUUCCGAGGAGUGUUGGAUGGUAAUGGUCCCUUAAAAUCAACGCUGAGCCGUUCGAAGGGUGCGGUGGCCUUGAUGAGGGUGCUCCGCUUGUUGUGAAAGCGAGGUUUGAUUUCGGAGCAUGUUCUGCAGGAAGACGUGACUCGGCGUAUCUCGUCGAUGGAGUAGGGAAGGUUCUGAUUCUUCACCCAGUGAGCCAUCCGGGUGAUCCCUGGGUGACACAAAGCCUUGUGGUAGUGGACAAGUCUGUCGAAGGUAUGGAGCGAGCCGCAAGUCCUAGAGAGAGCGUCAGCCGCCACGUUCUCCUUCCCCGGUCUGUAGAUGAUGUCAUAGUUGUAAGGAGCAUGUUCUAACCGCCAUCUUGUAAAUUUUUCGUUCUUGAUUUUACCAGGAUGCCGAAUGUUAAACAUGUAAGAAAUAGACUUCUGGUCGGUUAUAAGUUGAAACUUUCUUCCUAUCAAGUAAUGCCUCCACUUCCGAAGGGCUUCAAUGAUCGCAUAAGCUUCCUUCUCGACAGCUGAAUGGUGUUGUUCGCUCUUAGUGAGGGUUCUCGAGAAGAAGGCUACUGGUCUCUUGUUUUGAGUCAGAGUGGCGGCGAUGGCGACGUCAGAGGCAUCUGUUUCGACGCAGAAUGGGAUGUCUUCCUCUACGUUAACAACGAAGGAUUUAACUAUGCAGUUCCGUAAAUUGUUGAAGUCUUGGAUUAGUUCAGGGGCCAUUGGAAAUACUUUACAGUUCACUAAUCUACGUAUUUUAUCUGAAAAUUUUGGAAUCCAUUUAGAAUAAUAAGCGAACAUCCCUAGUGCUCAUUGCAAGGAUGCUUUGUUUCUAGGGAUAGGGAAAUCAAUCAGUGGCUUAAGUCUGUCGGGAUCUGGUUUGAGUAUAUUGUUUUCGAUGAGAUAACCGAGGAGCUUAAGAGACUUUAAAUUGAAAUGGGAUUUUUCUUGAUUGAUGGUUAAAUUAUAUUUCUUGCAGACGUCUAAAAAUUUUCGUAGAUUGGAGUCGUGUUCAGAUUGGUCUUUUCCGCUCACCGUCACAUCGUCCAAGUAGAUGUCAACGCCUUGUAGUCUUUCUUUGGUCUUGAUCUCGUCCAUCUUCCUCUGGAACGCAGACACUCCAUUGGUGACGCCCAUUGGUAUACGUUUGAAUUGCCAGAGUUUUCCUGCUGCCUCGAAGGCGGUGUACGGCCUGUCUUCAACCCUUAUUGGUAUUUGAUAAUAUGCGCUCUUGAGAUCUAUUGUGCUGUGGAUAUUAUAUUUAACUACAUCGGAAACUAUUUUCUCUAUGGAAGGGAUUGGGUAAGCGUCUAACAUCGUGUAUCGGUUUAUAGUCUGAGAAUAGUCGACGACCAUACGUUUUCGAUGUGUUCCACUCACGACUAGUACCUGCGCCCUACAGGGUGAGUUGCUUUCUUCAAUGACACCGUCAGAGAGAAGUUUUUCUAUGUGGGAUUGAAUGUAUUUUUCGUCUUCGUUUGAGUGUCGUCUGGACUUGAUCGCGAUAGGUCUACAAUUUGGUGUUAAGUGUUCGAAGAGGUAGGCCGGACCGACUUUGGCACAUGCUAAGCUACUGAUUUGCAGUUCAGGUUUAUUAACACCAAAAACUAUCGACAGAGUGGAAUGCUGCUUAAAGAUAUCGUGCCCUAAUAUAACAUCUGCGCAACAGUUGUUUAGAACGUUAAGCUUUGUUUUUCUGUAUAUAUUGUCCGAGAUUUGUAAAUCUACGGAACAAUAAGCUUUUAUAGGCAUGGCCAAAGAGGACAAUGCCAUAGCUACUUCAGAUGACGUAGGAUAUUGUUUUAAUUUAUGUUUGGAGACAAAACCAUCAUUUAUGUAACUCUCCGAACUCCCCAUGUCUAUUAGCCCUUCAGCUGGAAAACCAUUUACUUUGUUUGACAAUGGUUUUGGAAAGGCUAGUUGGAGAAGCAGCUCAUGUUUUGGAAGAUGUUGGUUUGGUCUUACGAUUACGAUUAGAUUGGUUAGUAGGGAAAACCAGAGACUUAGCAGGAAGGCAAGCAACAGUUGAGAAGUCAUCUGUGUCUUGAGGGGAGUCAGGUAAGGCGGCAGUACGAUCUUUGGGCUUAAUUGACCUACAGACUUUUGCAUAAUGGCCUUUCUUACCACAGAGUUUGCACGUAGCUUCUCGCGCUGGACAGGAAGAACGAGGAUGACGAGGGAACCCACAGAAGAAACAUUUCUGACUACUGCUGGCUGCGGUUACAGGAGAAUUUGGUUGCUGAACCGGCUCAGUUGAGGCUAAAGGUGUCUGGCUAGGAAUAUAGGAUUCAGAAAUUAUAUGAGCUGAUUCUAAUGAUCGUGCUUUUGCAAAUGCUUCAUCCAGGCUAAGAGUUGCGUUUUCUAACAAACGUCGGAUACUGUUCGAUGAGAGACCUUUUAUAAAUGCAUCUCUAAUGUAUUUGUCCCUAUAAGCCGCUGCUUUAACAUCUUUGAACUCGCAGUCAGAGCUAAGGAGACGCAAAGAUUGUAAGAAUUGAUUUACACUUUCAUCAGGUUGCUGGUGUCGGCUCAUUAGUUUAUGCCUUGAAAAUAUUUCAUUCAUAGGUUUAAUAAAGAGUGAAUCUAGCUUUUCGAUUGCAGACGCAUAAGUACAUUCGCUAAUAAGUUCGUAUAUACUGUGACUCACGUGAUUGUAGAGUAGUAACAGCUUCAGAAGCCUUGAUUGAUGCUGUGAAGACUUCGAAUGUUUUCUUCCAGUGAUUCCAUUGUGAGGAGCUUUUCCCAGUUGUGUGAUCUGCUUCAAAUCUCUCGGGCUUGAAAUACUUGUCCAUUGUUUGUAUUAAAUGUUUCUUGAUAGAAUGUGUUUAAUAAAUUGACAUAAUAAACCUUAUCUUCAGAAACUAAGGCUUUAUUAAGCACAAAACAUGACUUAGAUAUUUACAUGAAUUAAUACAUAGAUUUGAAUAAGAGGUAAUAUUGAAGGUUAAACAAUGUUCAUGCAAAGAGGUUGCUAAGAGGUUGCUAAGAGGUUAAAACCAAUAUCACCACAAUAAGUUACUCUGAAUAAAAAAAAAAAACAUUAUUGGUAGGGUAUUUGGGGGGUGAGAGGGGGAAUUGGAUUAUUAAAGUAAGAGAGUCUUUCUUCCCCCCCCCUCCUCCUCAUAGUCUUAACUCCUUCAGGAGAGUCUAAUCUGCCAGUGCUAACCUGCACUUGUGAUGUGUAUGAGUUACAUGAAAUAUUAAACAUAAAGUUCGCUAAUAAAUUGAGUAUACUGUGUGUUUUGUUUUGGUCAAUAAAUUUAUGCUACACUUAUAUUAAUGUACUAUGCACACUCUUCAUAAUACUAUCAUUAGUGAAGGCACUGUUGUUUAGUAGUCCUAUCAAGGACCUCUCUCACCAAGGCACUAGUUUUGAUUCUGGGCAGGGUCAAACCUGAAUUAUUUGCAAGUAAGAAACAUAGCAGACCAAGGGCCAUCAAGUGAAAUUAGGCUGGGGGGGGGGGGGGAGGGGGUUUUGCAAAUAAUUGCGUUAGGCCCUGUAAUGGGUUACCCGCCUGGAAACGGCCUUCAAUACUUCAACAAAAUUAAAAAAAUUACAAUUUAAUUUUUUAAUUUUACUUAAUUAAGAGCAGGUGCCCCAAAAGCUAAAGCAGAGUAGUUGUAUACUGAAAAUUUAAGGUAAGAACCAAGUGGAACCACCUAAUGAAAAGAAAUUUCACAACUUGAAAAUACAAACAAAAAUUUAAUCAGCAUUGAAUCUGAGUUUGAACAAGGUUGGCGUAUCAUUCACUGAAUCAGCCCACAUUUUAUACAGGAUGUAUCAAAAUUCAUGUUAACAACGCUUGAGGGUAGAAAGCUCUUAUUAUUUGCAACCAUUUUUGCCAAUAAACAUGUUGCCGGAAACACGUAGUUAAGCCCCUGUAGCCCCAGAAAGAGUCAGCUUAGGCAACCCGUUGUAGUGUGUUAUGUUGUGGAUGUGUGGGCGUUCGAGUAGAGAAAUAACUUUUUUAAUCGUGGCACAGAUUUUAAUUUCACUCUGAAAUCAAUCACAGCUUCAGCUUUGUUUCAGAAACAUUGAAAUUGUUGCAUACGUUUUAACAACGUGACAGCCUAAAGCAACGGCUCAAAAACACGCCCACCUUGAGCGACACAGAGGUGGCAACGGCGAAUCAUGUUUUCACGGAUACGCUGGAGCAUGUGUGGAGUCGACCUUAUGAUUUCGAACGCUUCAAUGAUUCGCUGUAUAAGCUCUUCUACCGUUUCUACUGGCGUAGCGUAGAUAAGCCCUUUUACGUAACCCCACAGAAAGAAAUCUAACGGGUUUAGGUCCUGUGACCUUGGCGGCCAUGCGACAGGGCCCGCUCGUCCAAUCCAUCUGUUUGGAAAUGUUUGGUUUAAAUACUCUCGCAUUUGCAGGGAAAAAUAAGGUGGUGCCCCGUCAUGUUGGUACCACAUCACACGUCGGACAUGCAAUGGAACCUCUUCAAGAAGACUUGGUAGUUCGUUCUGAAGGAAGUGGAGGUAUCCGGCGCCGGUAAGUCGUGGCGGAAGAAAAAAAGGCCCGUUGUGUACGCCGUCAAAAAUACCGGCCCACACAUUAACUGAAAAACGUUCCUGGCGAGCUGUAACACACGUUGCUUGCGGAUUGACAUCAUUCCAAACAUGACCCUUUGUGCGAAUUGAGAAUAGCGUCUUGAGUGAACUUGGCUUCAUCGCUGAAUAAAACCGCUAACUCGGAGUUCCUCAAUACUCUUCGAAUGUACCAACGAGAAAAGGUCAUGCGAAGAGGAUAGUCCGCCGGUUCCAUGUUUUGCACUUUUUGAAGGUGGUACGGGUACAAGAGUUGCUCAUGAAGAACUCGCCAAACAGCCAUUUUGUCAGCGUCCAUAUCGGAACCUUCUGCCCUUGUGCUUGUAUCCGGACUCUCCUCAAUUCUCUGAAGUACAUCUUCUUCAAAACUGGGAGUACGAACCCUGCGUGGAGCACCAGCAUUUGGUCUUGUGACGGCACAUGUACCAGUAUCACGCAUUCGCUGAGUAAGUCUUGCAAACAUGGUGUGAGCUGGAAUCCUAUGACCCGGAUAUCGUUCUUCGUACAGACGACGGGCGGCUCGUCCAUUUUGUCUAGCUUCCCCGUAAACAAGCAGCAUGUCCAUGUACUGACUAAACAUGUACUCCAUUGAGCUCCACUAAAACGUUGCCCUUUUCAGAACCACAGCGAAAGAAAUGACACCACGAGUUUGCUUGUACGACAGAACAGUCAACGACAGACCACCAGUGAUAUCAAAACACACUGCGACACUGCGAUGUCACGCUGUGCAGUGCUAUGGCACAGCACGAACGGAAGAAAAGAAAUGAGGGCGCCACCAACAGAAUUAUAAAGGGGCGGGGUUCAGCAUUCGACAUCGUACAGUCCUCUCGAGCGCUGCCCGGCUUCGUAAACACGUAAUUCACCACAGCAUCGUCUGUCUCGCACAAAGCCCAGCGGGUUGCCUACGCUGACUCUGGGGCUACAGGGGCUUAACUACACGUUUCGGGCAACAUGUUUAUUGGCAAAAAUGGUUGCAAAUAAUAAGAGCUUUCUACCCUCAAGCGUUGUAACAUGAAUUUUGAUACAUUCUGUAUAUUGUUAGCUAUAUAAAUAUUUUACUUAGAAUAACCACCAAUCCCGUUACUCCAUUUAGCCUGGUUAUCAUUAUUAAACAACCAUAACAUAAUAUGUGGGAAAUCACCCUAAAUAUCUGUUUACAAUCAUAACUUUUAAACUGUCUUAAUAAUUUUAAAUUUUAGUUUUUUGACCCAGAUCAUUCAAAUUUGUGCGCCAUGGUACCACACAAUUUCCUUACAGGGGCAAAGUUUUGUUUCUUACUUAAACUAUUUUACAGGGCAUACACUUCACAGUCGAUACAGCAAGUCCGUAGAAAAUGCCGCCAAAUUCAAUUUCAAAGCGGCUGACAGGUACAAAACAUUGAUUAUAAGCCGCACCACUAGUUCAGUCAAAUUUGAAGGCGAAAGAUUGCUGCUGAUUCCACCCAAGAAGUUUUCUAAGAGCUUUUGUAAUGGAGCAGAUGACAUAUUGUGUGUCGAAGACGUCAAGUUAGUUAACGUAUUGUGCAGCUCUUAAUAGCCCACCUCUUUAACUCUCACAAAAAAUAUACUCUACUUUCACCGCCCACUAGUUUCUAAUGACCACAGCGUUAAUGAGAUGUUAAGCCCUAACUUCUGUUAGUGGUUACAAACUUAUAUUUUAAUUAGACUAAAUACAGCUUGCUUCUGCAGUGAAGCUUGUUGCAGUGACAGCCAGCACGUCAUUCUUGUUUAGAAUUCUUAGAAGCAUAUAAUAUAUUCAGGAUGUUUGUCUUAAUCUGAUUUUUAGGCUUACUUUCUGUCGCGUUUGUUACGAACUUGCAGUUCAAGAGUCCUCAGCAGGAACUCUAUGGUCGUAAAUGCCAACGAGUCGUGGUCAUGUGACAAAAGGCUGCUAUUUCAGUGGCGGAUGCAUGAGUGGUGGGGGUAGGGGGAUAACUCUUUCCCUCUCCCCUCCCAAAGAUGGGAAAAAAUUGGCAUAAUCAGUGAAGGCAGAAUGUUAUUCUGGGUGAUGCAAGGUGAGCUUUCGCAACACCUGCAAUAUCACUAUGUGAGAAGCUGUGUCGCCUACGGCUAUUUCAGUAUGCCCAAGUGUCAGUGUGUUUAGAGCAAUAGUAAUAUUAGUUUUCUUGAAUCUGCAUGUUCAAAUAAAGUUUUUUUUAAUACCUCUCCUCUUUCCCUACACCACAACAAAAAAAAUUCCUGUACCCACCACUGCCCGGUCUGAUCCCAUCUCUGUAUGACUAAAAUUUAUAAUGUUGGGAGCCUUGCAAAAAAUCGACAUCACUGGGAAUCAAACCUGAAUUGCUCUGGUGGGAGUCAGUAACGUGAACAUCUAACCACUGUGGCUCCUUGCGAGAAAGAAGAUAGUACAUCCAUUAUCCACCCGCCACAGGUAAAGAUAGCAUUGUCAUGAGGUUGGUGACCUGAAAAUGUGUUGAGCAAAGCGAAACCUAAACAGUGUUGGAAUACAAAAUUUAUUUCUCCCAUAUUAAAUACUAUUCUAAUUAAAAAAAUUGUAGCUGUCACCUUUUUUUAAACAUAGAUAUUUUCAUAAGACAUUAAGUCACCUGGCCAUAUGCUUGGAAGAGGGGGUGUGAUUGGGAGGGGAUAUCCCCCCUUUUUUAUCCUAAAAAAAUCCUUCACUCUACCAACAAUUUGAUCUGAAGCAAACAGCAGGCAAAGUGGUUCUAAUAUCUCCACCUCCAAUUGCCGAAAAUAAAUUCUGUGUAUGCUCAUAUUACGUUCAUUGGUAAGCUGAAAACCUAACUAGGUGUGAACCAAUGUGAACUUUCUUUAUCAUUCACAGUUUACUUGCAGUAAUUUUUUAAACAGUUGAUUUCAAAAUUCUGAAUGGACUUGUGGAUAUUUUUGUGUACAAGUUUUUUGAGAGUAAGCACCCUGUUCUUGCAGUAAUAUUUUGAAUUAUGCUGACUUUACAAAUGACUGUUGUUUGCUUAUAUUUUUCACUACAUCAUCUUAAAGUAGAUGAUUUUUUAAUUGUGUUACAAGAAAUCUUUGCAGUUAAAAAUAAAAUCAUUGACAGCUUAUCAGAUUAAUCAAAAUAAACUUGUUUUAACUUUCAGUCCUUGGUGAGGAAAAAUCUGCUAGGUUCUGGAUGCAAUGAUUAUUGAUGAAGCGGCCUUUUAAAUUCCAAGCAUGAGCCCAUGUGCCUGUAUGUCAGGUAGAAAAUGUAAUUAACAUGUUUGAAGGUGCUAAGAAAAUCUUAAAUAUAAUUAAUUAAGUGCUACUAACAGCACAGCUAGUCUUCACAAUUUAAUGUUUAUUUUAUAUUGCACUGAAUUUUGUGAGUAUAGUGUAUUUUUAAAGUACAUUAGUAUAUGUAAUAUUUUUUUUAUUUAUUCACUUUACACUAACAGUUUGCUUAAGAGUUUAGAAAAAAAAAAAAAGUAGUGUUUUCAACUAUGAAUGUAUUUUUCUCUCAACAAUGAGUGUAGUGGGUGUGUUCAGAAAACAAAAGGUCAAACAGUCAAAAGAAACUAUAGAAACAAAUUCUAACCAUAUUUUCUGUUAUUUGUUCUAGGCCUGUUAAUUUCCAACCAAAUAAUUUUUCUUAUUAGUUUAUUAUAGUUUUACAAACUUAGUGGAUUAGUAGAAUAAUGGCAAUGGAAAAUUGCCGGAGUGCAUCCUCGUCAUCGAAGGCUGUGAAAUGUUCCUCGAAAGCCAAGGUUUGCGAUACGGGUCCUGGCGUCAGGAAGACUGCUUGCUGCCGGUGCGGGAAGAGGAUGUUCUGCCGGACCAAGUACAACCAGCCCGAGAGGACCCCGUCCUUCAAGCCAGAGACGCGGUACCAGCGGCCGGAGUCAGCCAUGGGCGGCGACACAACCUACAAGAUGUCCUACCCAGGCGCCAUGAUGGGGGAGCGCCUGGUGCCCGUCAUACCUCGCCCCAACCUCACCACCGGCGGAGAAGUCAGCGGCCACACCACGUACAAGAUGUCGUACCCCGGCUGGUGCGGGGUGAUCAAGCCGGACCCCAUCCUGCCGGUGAUGCGCAAGCUCCUGGGGGACGGCCCCAUGCAGGACGAGACGACGCAGCGACACGACUACCAGCCGCAGCCCCUCGGUCGGAUGGACGCCAUCAAGCCCCUCCCCAACCUCGUGCUCUCCAACCGACCCUUCGACGACCUGACGACCAUGAUCGCGUCCUACCUGCCCCCGGGGCCGUGCGCGGUCCCGCCCGAGUCCUUCGCACCCAAGAGGGUCUACAAGCCGUCGAGCACUCCCCUGGACGACAACACCACGCACAAGAUGAGCUUCGUGCCGCAGGCUCCGCCGCCCAAGGAGGACAUCCCGUGGGCGCGGCGCGCGGGCUUCCAGCCGCCCUGCCAUCCCAUGGAGUGCUGCACCAUCUACAAGACCAGCUUCUUGGCUCCCGGGGGCAGCGUGGAGGUGUGUGAGCCAGUCUGCGAUUCGUGUGAAUGCUACAAGUCGCCCGCUCCGCCGUGCGCUGCCGCCCAGAUGUGCCUUGGCUGAUCGGCUCCCACAGGUACUCAUACAGCCUCCAAGAAGACAGCGGAGGAGCACUCUCGCAUCCCGUCCGGCACCAUUCGUCAUGCUUUCAAAUUUUUUUUGAGUGUCUAUAUUUGUUAUUACUGCCAAAAUAAUUUUAUGAUUGUUUUACUAUUUAUUGUACAUGAAACAGUAAAAAAUUUAAUUGGUGCUUGCA